GAGGUAUAGCUUCGUGGCCCGCGCGCGCGCUUCUCUCCGGCGCGGGCACCGCCGCGGGUCAUGGCUUCAUCCUCUCUGUUAUCCCCGUGGGCUCUGCGGUUGCUGCGCCCCGCGCGUGGCUGCCAUCCCCGUCUGCAGUCCUUCCACCUGGCGGCAGUGCGAAAUGAAGCUGUCGUCAUUUCUGGAAGGAAACUGGCUCAGCAGAUCAAGCAAGAAGUGAGGCAGGAGGUGGAAGAGUGGGUGGCAUCGGGCAACAAGCGACCACACCUCAGUGUCAUUCUGGUUGGUGACAAUCCCGCCAGUCACUCCUAUGUUCUCAACAAAACCAGGGCCGCAGCUGAAGUGGGAAUCAACAGUGAGACAAUUGUGAAGCCAGCCUCCAUUUCAGAGGAAGAGCUGUUGAAUUCAAUCAGGAAAUUGAACAAUGAUGAAAACGUAGACGGCCUUCUUGUCCAGCUGCCACUCCCAGAACAUAUCGAUGAGAGAAAGAUCUGCAAUGCCGUCUCUCCUGACAAGGAUGUUGAUGGCUUUCACGUCAUUAACGUGGGGCGAAUGUGUCUGGACCAGUAUUCCAUGCUACCAGCGACCCCGUGGGGCGUGUGGGAGAUAAUUAAGCGAACUGGCAUUCCCACCUUAGGGAAGAACGUGGUUGUAGCUGGCAGGUCAAAAAACGUUGGAAUGCCGAUUGCAAUGUUGCUGCACACUGAUGGAGCCCAUGAACGGCCUGGAGGUGAUGCCACAGUUACAAUAUCUCAUCGAUACACUCCCAAAGAGCAACUGAAGAAGCACACGGUCCUUGCAGACAUUGUGAUCUCUGCCGCCGGCAUUCCAAAUCUGAUCACAGCCGACAUGAUCAAGGAAGGGGCCGCUGUCAUCGACGUGGGCAUAAACAGAAUUCAGGAUCCUGUCACUGCAAAGCCCAAGUUGGUUGGAGAUGUAGAUUUUGAAGGAGUCAAGAAGAAAGCCGGUUACAUCACCCCCGUCCCUGGAGGUGUUGGUCCCAUGACAGUGGCCAUGCUAAUGAAGAACACCAUUAUUGCUGCGAAGAAGGUGCUGAAGCCCGAAGAGCUGGAGGUGCUCAAGGCCAAGCAGCGUGGAGUUGCCACCAACUAGCAGUACUCCAUGCCAGUCUGAGAGGCAGCGUGGGCCAAGAGGAAUGCAGUAUUUUUAAUUUAUUCUGUUGAAAUGGUUUAAAAUGAUGUUUGUAUUUAUUGAAAGCUUAGACGGGUGGAUGUGUGUGCGCGUGGCUCUGCAGAACCUCACCAGGGUGCCCGCCCAUCCGUGUCCUGCCUUUGACCUGAUGAUGCACGGGAGACAUCCUCACCCUGAGAAUGGAUGCUGAACUUCAUCAAAAAAACCUGCCUUGUUAGGUUCUCAUUUCCCAAGUGCUAUUCCAAUUCAAGUUGAUGGCUCAUCCGAGGUUCCAAGCCUUCUGAGUUCAACUUUCAAACCAAAGGAAAACUUACCAGAGAGAAUUAGGGGGAAAGAAGAAAUGGCAGCACCGAGUGGAGGAUGGCCCCUUGCUUUCUGUCAUGCCAGACUGUAACCAGGUUCCUCUGAAGAGAGCUCAGUUGACUGGGCUGGUGGAGGAAAGCCCAGCAUUGCUAGCUGUCCUGGGUGGCUGAGUCACCGGGGAAGGUUUGGGAUUCCCCCACUUGCUCUUACCCUUCUGUGAGCUUGGCCUAUUUCAGUUUUCUAGGAUCGAGAAAGAUCAUUUCAUAAAUGAUGUGUGUGAUUGUCGUGUUUGGCUUCUGCGGCAAUUUAAACUUUAAAUUUCAGACUGUUGGAGAGUAUGUGUCUCUUUUCUUUGGCCUAAGCUUUGAGGCCAAUUCUUUGAAAAACAAAAUUUGGGCGUGAUAAUCAUGAGGGCAGGUUCUGUAAAACCUAUUACUUGCCACCAAAGAAAUGACAGCAGCUGCCUGUGUCUUUCACGUACCCUGUUGGCUUUCCUGAAGGUACCAAGAGCUUGAGUUAGUAUAAGAUUUGAUCAGAUUUUCUUAAAGGAUUUUGUUGCUGUUGUUGGGUUCUUUUGUCUUGUUUUUAAAUAAAACACAUCUGUCUGGUGUGGAA